AUGUCAGGCCGACUAGUGGUGGUGUCCUCUACCACCACUAUGGCUCAGGGUAGCUAUUCUGAUGCGUGCUACUUUAUCGUCAUAGAGUUCCCGGCACUGUGCGAUGCUUGCAUAUGUCAAGGGGAAGCUACUUUGCCACCAGGCAGGAAGUUGGAUUUCGCAGAGGAUAAUGCGUCUAAGGAGGAAGUAAACAAUCAUUCCUUCGAAAACGGGGUCGUGCAAGACGGUAAAAAUAAGGUAGGAGUCGUUGUUAUUACUGUGGAUACCGUCUCUGGCCAGCUGCUAUACACAGGCGUUCCACAGAAGGAUGUGUUUGCUUCAAUGUCUGAAGCCAUGCACGCAAUAACAAUGUUAGGCUCUUACACAUCCUCACCAUGUGAGGUGCGCACAAUGUGUGAGUUUGUUGCGUUCGCUGGCGGGUGUCUUGCAGAGGAAACUAUAAAUUUGCUUUUUAUUGAGGCGAGUACACUACUGAUGGGGGGCAGUGCUGUGACGACCAAUUCAAAUGACACAACGAGGGAGUUUAACCCGUUAUUCUCAGUGCCUUUGAGCAACUGCAUUCCACCACUUUUCUCUGUUGACAAGGCACGGUGGUUUCAUAUUCCCUUGCGAAUUUCGGUACCAGCUCUGCAGCAGCCUCUCACAAGCGACGGUAUACAUGAUUGGACGCUCGGCAGUCGUAGUUCAACACCUUGCGGUGUGUCCACUAGUCUGUUGAGUGACGAUAUGAUACCGCCCUACUUGUACUUUUCACCAGGUGUGGAUGUGACACAUUGUUGUGUCUUUGGGGAUGCCGUGAGGCGUUUGGUAGCCUUCCAUAAAGCAGGAAUUGAGAGAAGCUCUCUACGGAAGUUCAGUAUCAAUCCGAAUGACAACCCUGUUUCAGCCGCGCUGCGCAUCAACGAAUUUCUUCCGCCGCUUCCCAGGCAAAUGGGUCGUGAUGCUUUAGGCCACUGUGAUUGUCUUUGGAACGAGGAGCUUAUUCGCUUUUGUGACGUGUUUGGCCUGGGGGAAUGGUGUUGUCGUUUGGCUCUUGGGUCAUGUGCCGCCGUCCCUUUGCCACAUUCAGGUGCAAUCGCUCGUGGUGCCAUACUUGUUGUUCGUCUGAGCCGCUUGGCAUUUCCGGAAUGUUUCUAUGACUAUACACUCUCAUCUUCGAAGGUGCCGUUAGACUUCUAUGUCUCAACGCUCGAGGCCGAGUUUCAGCUGAUCGUUAUACGUGAGCCCUUGAUGAGUCAACACGAUGGAAAAGAGAUGGAGUCCACUUUUUCAUUUACGUGGCGUCGGGGCACGGAUUUUGCCUGUCACAAGAAUAUACUGGAGCAGAAGGAGCGGUUUAGGGCCUGCGCGGAAAAUUUUAUUGAUCCGCUGCCGCCACGUGAAGAUCACGUGGUAGGCCUUUUCUCUGCAUAUCUGGAACGAUAUGGACCGGGGACAAGAAUUUAUUUGGCACACGCGGGGAAUGUGAUGAUGCAGGGACCCACGUCAGCAGAAGAUCCCGACAUUGACGUGAAUGAUUUUCGGAGAUGCAGCUCUUCCACACCAGGCGUAAAAUCGCCCAUGAAGAAACGACGUAUUAGCCUUGUUGCAUCGCCAAGGAGGCAAGGUAAAUCCUUGGUGUCGCAGCUGGAGAUUUCCGUAUUGGGACACCGAGGUGGGGUGGACGCUGGUGCGGCAGCUUCAACUCUUGUGAACACGAGUCUGGAAUCUAUUCUUCAAUCACUUACUGGGCAUGUCAAAGCGCAUGGUCUUCGUCCUACGGUUGCUGUUGGAACGUUGUGGCCCUUUUCUUCUUCCGUUGCGAGUUCGCCGGCGGGCAUGCUAUCAGAGUAUGAGGACAAAUUCUUACAGACCUUUUGGGGGAGGGAAUUUAUUCAUGUGACUCAGGAAAAGACGGCAGAUAUUGGGGUGCCACGUGUGUGCGUGAGUGACGAGAGCCAUGUGAGCGUCAUUGCAUCCAUCAUUGUCUCGCUUGGUUGGAUGCUGAGUUGGUUGUGUAGCGAACUUGGUGCGGGAAGGGAUGCGGUUCAAUUUUUGUUGGAGUCCAAGGAUUGGGUAGAGGAUAUCAUCCGUUUGGUGGGCAACUCCGCAGCUUCUACGCCUCAAUUUCGCGUUGUCUUUGUGAAUCGAGAGGCAGUGGAUCGGGUACGGCGUUGCCUCAUCAAUAUUUGUGGAGGAGCUUCAGUUGCGUUUAGCCCAGUCGUUUGGGCGACAGCACAGUACAUUGAACAGCUCUCUCAUUACGUCACAGACCACCUUUCUGUACCCAAAGGUAAAGAGGAGUACAGGGAUCAGCAGGGGAAUGGAGUCAUAAACAAGACGAUGCACGCGUUUCUAAGGAAAUUUUUUCUUUCGGAGGGCGGAUUUUAUCCUAGGGAACUUGUGCGACAUCGAAUCGUACUUCUCUCACACCCAUCACGGCUUUCCUCCAUUAUUAACGUUCAAAUGAUAGUUUUACCUUCGAAGGUGCAGGACUCCGCAGUGACCUUGGAUAGGGCGGAGGUCGCCUGUACGGGUUUGCGGGAGAGGUUGUUUCCAUUUACCCCCAUGCGUCAUUUGAAUGCAGCCACCACAUGCGAUGAGGCGAUAUCCCUUGUGUCGCCUUCGGAUGAGGGGCCCACACCGACUCUGAGUAUGCUACACGGACUUAUACACCCUUUCUCCCAACCACUUUGUAUGCCGUCCUGCUUUGAAGUGGUGGAGUUCACUAUCGCUUUACCUUCUCUUUCAUACGUCACGCAUGUGGCCUUGAUGGUGGCAAAUGCCGUUCAGCUGGCUCCAUAUGCUGCGGUACUCUCUCUUUCCCUUUCGGCAUCCUGCUACGUGGGUCAGGCGCAUGAAAGGGUUGUCUUGGAAGAUGCUUUGCUCCCACUUUGUGUUAACAGUCGAUCAUCGCGGGGUCGACAAACGGCACCUUAUUUAAUUUUGUUUGAGUUGUGUCGCCCUUCCCAUGACAAGGCUCCCUUUUCAACUGUUGAAGAGGCAGAUGCGGGUAUUGGUGCGCCUGGUCACAGCUUCAAUCAAGCUACGCCUGUUGUUGCACGUUAUCUGCAUCUCUCGCUUCGCGGUUCGGGCUGUCAUCGGAUGGCACUGCCCCCCAUUUUGGUGUUUGGUGAACCUGUUGACUUCAUUCCAUGCAAGGAACUGGAGUCUGUUGUGGGCCGCCAUACAGUGUUGCAUCGCAUGCUUUAUGCGGCACGGUCUCCCUUUACGCAGGGGGUUGCAGACAACCUGCCUGCCGCGUUUAGCGGACCGACGACACCUCAGUCUGUCGCGACGGCUGCGGCGAACGAUACUCUGAGUGAUGGUGGUGCUAAGAAAACAAACGGCUGCUUUGGCGGGGAUCAGAAGGAGAAACGUGAAGCUACAGGGAAAGCGCACACACACGGGCAACAAGAGGUUAGCACGUGUGGGGCGACGCACGGUCAGGAGGAAAUGUAUUUGCAGAAGGUUAACGGUGUCAUUCCAGCAGAUCUUUUUGAAUUGAAUUUCGACGUGACAGUGGCGAUGGAGUCGAAGCGGAUUCAGUGCCAUGCGCGCCGUUGCUACCGCGAUCUGCGUUUGCAUCGCUUGGGUGUCCCACUUUGGGUCAUGAAUCCGGCAUACCAGGUGUUUCCGCACUCCGCAUUUCACCGCUCCCAGAUCCCGGAGGGAGCAAGGGAAGUGGAGUUUAUCAGGCGCCAACAGAGGGGACAUAAGACAGCGAGCGGAGAAUCUUGUGCUGGUGGUUUUGACAGCACCGAAGAAACGAAAAAAGGUUGUGUGAAACACAAGGAUGGAAAACGUUGCGUUCUUUGUUCUCGUCGGUUUUCGUGGUUUUCAUCCGCCAAGGAGUGUCACCGGUGUCGACGCCAUGUGUGCGAAAAAUGUCUUUCAGCGAUUCCUGUGCGUUUGCUUGAACUUGGUUUUCGUGAUCGUAGUGCAUCUGUAUGUAUGGCAUGUUUUGAAAAAGUUAUGCGUCUUGAGGACAUUAUGAGAGGUUUUACGUCAAGUGAGUGUCUUGGUGAGGAGGAGAGCGAUGUUGAAAUGGACGAGGCGAUCGAUUUCUACGCACGCUGCACAACACCUCAUCUGGCAUCCGUUCUGGCCCUGUACCCUAUUCCUACAUAUGGAAGCUACUUGUAUUCAGGCUUUCUGCAGGCUUUCGAUAAACAGUCUUAUCAGUUGACAAUGUACCCACUGACACGUGUAGUGAGUGCGCCUGGUAUGGAUGACGUAAAUACACCGCUUUUUGAAGAGGUGCUUGGCAUCAUGGGAUUUAACGGAAAUGUUUCCGUGGGAUGGCGCUGCGUCACUGAUGGGGAAAGGACAGAGUCCGAUACACGUGUUAGUCGGCACGUGAUUCUUCUCCUUCCUCAUGGAGCUGUGGUCUCGCAUGGAGUACUACGUUACGCGUUAUUGGGUAAACUUCGUGGAAACAUUGACGUUCAGCUGCUCUUGGGAAAUUCUUUGCAUUCUCUUGAGCCCCUGUCUGGGGCGUGCAUCGGUAACUCCGCGGUGCCUGCUGAAGGGACUGGUGAUAACUCACUAAAGGAGGUACUGCUGCAGCGCGAGGUGUUUGCUCCUUCUCGGGACGUAAGGGCGAAGGUGGAACUCCCAACAUCAACACCACCCAAGAAUAUGACGUCAACCAGUACUGUCAUGGGGACGUUAUCUCCACGCAGUCCGACGGUGCGUCUUGCUGCCCUCUAUUUUAUUGGAUUCGUCAGCGAUCUUUUUCUUCUGCGCGUGGAUCAUUUUUCACUAUGGGGUCGAUUCACCUCUGAUGUACCACAGGUAAACGCGUCGUACUACAAGUGUAGGCCGGAUCACUCUCGCUAUGGCAAGUUUUUGUCGAAUAUGAUGCAUGGCACGAGCGGUGUGUUGGGUAUCGCUUCUCUUCCUCGCAUGCUUCCCAUGACACGCCUUGUUCCGCUGCGCAACGUUUUUUUGCACAACAACUAUGAACAAGUCUUGAUGGAGUUUGACUUUGGUGUUUCAGUGACCAUUUGCGGUUUCACUUUGGAGCUGCACCAUCCCGCAGUGAUGACGGGGAUGCACGAAGGCAUCGCGACAGCAUUGCGCCUUAUCGGCGUCACGGCCUCGGGCUACCGCGGCAACAUGGGUAUAUUCAAGUUGCCAUGGCCCCCUCUUAUUUCAUGCUCAUCGGCUGCGCCAUUGUUGUCUGAUGGCAGUUUUCUUGACAUUUUCUCAUACGCGUACAGUCUGCCGUCGACUGCCUACGAUGUUGUGUCGGUACUUGUCGAGGUGGUUGAGUGGCGGCUUGCGGCUCAUUCUGUGGGCAAAGAGCACAUGAGGAGGAGCAGGACAAGGCAAGGCGGAUGCAGCACAACCAACAGCGGUAGAGAAAUGGAGACAACUCUCGAGCCUGGUAUUUCCUUCCGACGGAAGAUUUACUUGGGGAGGAUGCAAUUCUGGACAAGCGCCAAUGCAAGAACGCAGCGUAUGGUGAGCAGCCACACGUACACCUCCAUUCAUACCGCAUUGGAUGACACGCAGUAUUAG